ACUAGGAGAGAAACAAAUUAUGAUAAUUAAGAAGCCUCCGUUUCCUCUCAUCCUUUGUUUUUACCUCUUGGCAUCUUUCUUCUUCUUCCCAUAUGGAACAGUCUCUCGUAAACUACAAGAGGAAGAAGGCGGUAAUGGACCAAGCAAAGCGGGAGUAAAAAGAAGUAAAUCAAAGUCAGCAUCAUCUUGGGGUGGCCAAGAUUCACAUCCACCCCCAUCUAGCCAGGUUCCAGAACAGGAACGGAAUUGCGAAAGCACAACUAAUGAUAAUGUUGUCACGACCUCGUGUUCGAGCUCCGCGGUAUAUUCUAGCCAGGUUUCAAGCAGCAACUCAGAUCAGGUUCAGAAUUGCGAAAGCACAACUAAUGAUAAUGUCUUCACCCAAUCGUGUUCGAGCUCCUCUUCUCAAUCCUUCACCUAUUACUCCAAGCCAUAAAGUUUAUGUUUCGUUUUUAGAUGCGGUUGGGCGUUUUUUGUGUAUUCUGUUGUGUACUUUGUGUACAUGAACCGUGUAAACACCAUAUUUUGUCCAGACCCAAA